AUGUCGCUCGCCCAAGUCGAAGUGCUCGUCCCCGGCACGCCCAUCACCGCCCACGCCUUCAACGCUGAUCGCACUCGUCAGUGCACCGCACCCCGCUUACCGCUUACACCAACCACCUCGAGGCUGACUCGACCCUCUUACUCUCUCUCGUGCAGAAUUGGCCAUCUCGGCCAACUCGAACCAAGUGCGCAUCUACGCCCAGGGCAACAAGGGCUGGCAGUUGACGUCGACCCUGAGCGAGGUCAGUCGGAGCGUCAUCGCCCCCACCCCCGUCGAGGCGCGCUCUCAACGCGAGUGAACUGACUUUGUCCUGCUGCUCCCUCCCCCUCUACCCACAGCACGACAAACUGGUCACCUCGAUCGACUGGGCCCCCCACUCGAACCGUAUCGUCACCUGCUCCCACGAUCGCAACGCCUACGUCUACACCAAUACCCACGGCGCAUGGACCCCGACCCUCGUCGUGCUGCGCCUGAACCGAUCCGCGACCUGUGUGCGUUGGUCCCCGACCGAGGACAAGUUCGCCGUCGCGUCGGGCGCAAGGUCGAUCGCCAUCUGCCACUAUGACCAGGAGAGCGACUGGUGGGUCGCCAAGCACAUCAAGAAGCCGCUCAGGACGACCGUGCUCUCGCUCGAGUGGCACCCCAACUCGGUCCUGCUCGCCGCGGGCAGUGCCGAUGGCGUCGCUCGCGUCUUUUCGGCUUGGAUGAAGGGGAUCGAUUCCAAGUAGGUCCUUCUGAGGCUACUUGGGCCGUGAUGGGCUGGGGCGACCACUCCCGGGUCCUCUUUCGGGCUUGGGACAGGCGAGCCGAGAGCUAUGAAGAGAGAGAGAGACUGAAUGCUGAACCCCAUCCCGCGAUCGCUAUCACUCCCGACCGCAGGCCCGAACCGAGUGUUUGGGGUGAAAGGCUACCCUUCAACACCGUCUGCGGCGAGUUCGCGUCCCCCGCCGGAGGUUGGGUUCACGGCGUCGCUUUUUCGCCCUCCGGAGAUGCGCUCGCCUUUGUCUGCAAGUUCUCCUGACCACGUUGCGGCGUCCUUGCGAUAAUAUGAGCUGAAGAGAGACACCAUUCGGGAUCCACAGCGCACGACUCGACCCUCACCGUCGUGUACCCGGCCGGUGCGGACCAAGCGCCUCGGGCGAUUUACGCCGUCCAACUCGCGUCGCUGCCUCUGCUCUCGCUCGUCUUCACCUCGGAAGGAUCGAUCGUCGCCGCCGGCCACGACUGCCAACCGAUGCUCUUUGAGGGCUCGGUCGACGGUGGGUGGGCCCAGACGCGUUCGUUGGACGACCCCGACAAGCGCUCGGGCGGAGGCGCCGUUGCGGCUCGCUCCGGUCGCCUGGCUCAAAGUGAGGCGUUUAACGUCUUCCGUCAAGCCGACUCGAGGGGUGUCAGCAGCAGUGCGGCCGCCGGCAGCGUCGCCAGUCCCGGAACGAGGUUGACGGCGACGGGAACCGAAUUGUUGACCGUGCACCAAAACACGAUUACGAGCGUGCGCACGUAUGAUUACGAAGGCGCGAUAAUUUCGACGACCGGUGUCGACGGUCGCUUGGCGUUGUGGAAUGUCCAUGGCGAGGUUGGGGGUGUGACGCGUGCGAUGGGGAGGAUGGGUGUGUGA